AGAUUCGGUGCUUAUUCGAUAGGAAGUUGCCACGACUGCUCCUAACCUUGCAUAGUAUGACUCGAUUAUGGAUCAAUGCCAAUUGUGGUAGCAAAAGCAAAGAAAUUUGGAAAUGAUUGUGUAGUGGUUGAUUAUACAGUGAAGUGGAAGUUGAAGUGCAAUUAAUAUUUGAUUUGGAAAGUUGGAUGAUAUUUCCAAUCGAAGCUCGUUUUCAAUUUUGCAGUUUCCUGUUUCAUGUGAAUUCGAUAGGAAUAAUACAAAUGUGCUGAUGAGACGUGUUUAAUUAAUUAUCUUUUUUUUGUGGUUAUUGAAGUCUUCAUGAUUCUUCAUGAUUAUUAAUUUAAUUCUGAUAAUCCGUUCUGUUUUUAUCAUUUACGUAGCAUCUCGUGAAAUUUGUUGAAAUUAGAUGUCUCAAUACGAAACUCGAAUUUCGUCUGCCAUAUUAUGGCUGUCAAAGUUUUCUAUAAAAUAAGGAGGGGGGGAAAGAAAAAAACCUUUGUUUGAAAAAUUUCUAGAAUCAAUUUACAACUUACAAGGUUUAAGUACAAGUUUAGGUACAAUUUACAUUCUACUGGAGUCUGUAUUAUGCACAAAAUUCAUCAGCUGUUGCCUUAACAUUCGAGAAAAACUAGAAACUUACAACUUGGAGAAAGUUGCAAAAUGACUAUGAGUUAAAAGUUCAGCAAAAUGCUUGUUUGUUGUUUAUCAAACUUUGAAAAAACUAACAAGAUAUUACUUGGAAUAAGUUGCAAAAUAACAUUCAUCGGUUACGUAUACUAAGUCGUUUAUACGCAAAAGUUAUCAAUAGUGGCUUAAAACUUCGAAAAAUCAUUACCUCGACAGGUUUUUCAAAUAACGUAUACGAUAUAUCUAAAUGAAAAAUAGCUGCAAUCGACAGAAAUUUUUUAUCUUCAAUUUUUAUUACUACCAUUCCUUAUUAUACAACUGAAUAUAUUUUUAUCAACAGAGCAAUGUUUCUAGAACAAGCCAAGGCUAAAGGUUGAUUUCCAAUUUUCAAUUGGCCAAUUUUAAUAUUACGAGACUUGUUUUUGUCUGAUAUCGUCGUUAACUAAUUUCACUGAUAAUAUUAAUUUUAUCAGGUUUUGAAUUUCAUUUCAAUGAUAUCAAAUUUUCCUGGUCAUAUAAAAGUACUACCAAGUGAUACAAAAUUUAUUAUAGUCGGAUUCAAUUAAUUAUAUAAUUGCAAUGAUAAAUACAGAAGUGCAGGAACAAUUUUUCUACCCACUCUAACUAUACGGUGCUAUUAAAAUAAUUGUACGUUCGUCAUCGUGCACGAUGAGCGUCCGUGGUCACGGACGAAACAUAUGGAGACAGAAGUUAUUCGAGGGGCGCAGCUGACUUGACUACAAAUAUCGUGGCUGGUGUUGCAGAAACUCGAUAUGAACGGUGCCGCUCGCCCUUGUGCCAAUAAACUGUAUUGCAGCUCGUAUCUCGCCGCUAGAGCCAUUAGCUUGUCGAAUCCUAAUGCCGAUUGCGAUUAUUACGAUCUGCCAAUCGCCUAUUUCAAAUGCGACUCGCGAUCUUUAACGUUUCACGUUUCCGGUCCCUGAUUAUCUCGCUCAGAAUCUUUCUCGGUUUGUGCAUUUGGUCUACGAUGGAGAACCUAGUGGAGUUAAAUUUAAGUUCGUCUAUGAGACGUGAAAUUUUCCGAAGAUUUCUCUCUUCCAAGGGAAAUAUAGCAAGGACCUAGUAACGUGAGUCACUGAGCCAUCGCGGCAGUCAACGUGUUAGGAAAUCUUUCUCAAACGAAUCUCAGUUAGUCAGAUGUAUUCGUGUCGAAAACGUCGAUCGGUGUUUCCACCCGCUUUAGAAUGAUGCCGAGUGUUUGCACGAGGUGAGCAACGGAAAUGACGAGGCUGUGCAAGUGAACAUAAACGCGGUGUUUCGUGCUCUACCACAUUUCUCACGCAUCUGGCCAGAAUCCCGUUUGGAUUACGUCGUAGAAGGAGGUGGAACGCGCAGCAACCAAGAAAGGGGUUGGGCUGGUCUUUUCACAGGAAAUUGUGGUUCUGUGAAUGCCGUUUGGAUUACUCAAGAGCGUCCAACCGAUGCCUGAUUUCGGGAAUCAGCGCCAGGCAGCCCCGGAUCCUCGCAUCAUCCUCGUUUGAGAACAUCUCAGGCAUGAAGGAGCGCGAGAUGAAACUCUUUGGCUGCCGAUGGUCCUUUUGGAAUUUCGCGACUAAUCUCGCAGGGACCCCCUCGACUCCAAUAAUGCCAGGAGGCACACCUGGGACCCCAUCUGCUAAAGCCAAGGACAAGAUAAUGUUGAGAACGAAGGUCGUGGUAGCUCUGUACCCUUUUCGAGCGAUCGAGGGUGGCGAUUUGUCCCUCGUAAAGGGUGCAGAGUACGAGGUGCUGGACGACUCUCAAGAACAUUGGUGGAAAGUCAAAGAUGAACACGGAUCCAUCGGUUACAUCCCCAGCAACUACGUGAAGGAAAAGGAACUCCUGGGUCUUCAGAGAUAUGAGUGGUAUGUGGGUGAUAUGUCCAGACAACGCGCAGAAUCAUUGCUCAAACAGGAGGAUAAGGAAGGUUGCUUCGUCGUACGUAAUUCGUCUACCAAAGGACUGUACACGCUUUCUCUCUACACUAAAGUCCCACAUCCUCACGUAAAACACUACCACAUCAAACAAAACACUAGAGGAGAGUUUUAUCUGUCUGAAAAACAUUGCUGUGGCUCAAUACCAGACUUGAUUAACUAUCAUAAGCACAAUAGCGGUGGACUAGCCAGCAGACUGAAAACCAGUCCUUGUGAUCGCCCUGUGCCGCCAACUGCUGGCCUCAGUCAUGAUAAGUGGGAGAUUGAUCCAGCAGAAUUGCACUUGUUGGAAGAACUUGGCUCUGGACAAUUUGGCGUAGUGCGAAGAGGAAAAUGGCGCGGUUCUAUAGACGUUGCAGUAAAAAUGAUGAAGGAAGGCACGAUGUCUGAAGAUGAUUUUAUAGAGGAAGCUAAAGUGAUGACAAAACUUCAACAUCAGAAUUUGGUCCAACUAUAUGGCGUUUGCAGUAAGGACAGACCAAUAUACAUUGUCACUGAAUACAUGCGACAUGGAUCUCUGCUCAACUACCUCCGUCGUCAUGAAACAACUCUAGGAGUAAAUGUUGGUCUCCUUUUAGACAUGUGCAUACAGGUUUGCAAAGGCAUGGCUUAUUUAGAAAGACAUAACUACAUUCAUAGAGAUCUUGCUGCACGCAAUUGUUUAGUGGGCUCAGAAAAUGUGGUAAAGGUUGCAGACUUUGGAUUAGCAAGAUAUGUACUGGAUGACCAGUAUACUAGUAGCGGAGGCACCAAAUUCCCAAUUAAAUGGGCGCCCCCAGAAGUGCUGAACUACACUCGCUUCAGCUCAAAAUCAGACGUCUGGGCCUAUGGAGUGCUUAUGUGGGAAGUAUUCACAUGCGGAAAGAUGCCUUAUGGUCGCCUAAAAAACACCGAAGUUGUGGAAAGAGUGCAACGCGGGAUCAUAUUGGAAAAACCUAAAGCCUGCUUCAAAGAAGUUUACGAGGUAAUGCGAAAAUGCUGGGCCCAUUGCCCGGAAGUACGACCCUCCUUCCGCGUACUGAAGGAGCAGCUAAUUAGUGUGUCUCAAGGUCUGCUCAAUGAUUGACUCAACCUUCUACGGUGUAUGCGCCUAUCGUCGCCUCCGAGCCGGUCAAUACAGGCGGCAAAAUCUCCAUCGAUCGAGCGAUCGCCCUCAAUACCACCAUCGUCUAACUCGUCGUCAUCGUACAACUCAGCAACAUUACCGUCACGUAAAACACGUGCACCCGCCACUCUACCACCCUCGGUUGAUUCUCUACAUCUCUCGUCUACAUCAUCCACGUGUAAAUUAAAGAAAGAAGGGUCAUCCUCACCAAGUACACCCGGCCACCAACCUAGUCAACCAUCAUCAAGCUCGUCGAACGUCUGUGACAUUUGCAGUUCCUACGGACACCCGUGGAUUGAAAUUUGCAAGGCGAUACGAGCCACUAAAGGUAAAUAAAAGUUAUAUGUGUGUGUCCCGAAAGUAUAUGUGUCGAUUUCAACGAUUGUAUUAACGCAGCUUACAAAACAACAGAAAAGAAACGAGAAAAGCGAACAAAAAAAAAAAAAAAAAGAAAGAAGAAGAAGAAACAAUAUUAAUACGACAUUAUUUGACCCUGCAGCAUCGCGACCCUUUACCCUCGUACCCUUCGCUCCCCCUCUCUCUCUUUCUCUCUCCUUCUAUGAUCUAAACCAACUUUCAAAAAUUUCCUCUUUACUAUAGACAUUUUAGAUGUUGUCUUUUCUCGUCGAACGAAAACGAUCCGAGUGCGUGAUAUUAUUAUGUGUUUCUCGGAUAUAUCAGGUUUUUUCAAUCUAUCCUAAUCUUCAACUCUCCAACUCCCUGCCUCGUCCAUCAUGAGUAUCUGUUCCACGCAACGAUACGAAUGCAUUUACAAAUAGAACAGUAGUAUUUAUUGAUUGUCCUUCGAACAGGAUAUAUUAGUAAGUUGUGAUUUUGCCGUAGAAAUGUGUACUGUCCUUUUGUUAUCGACAUUUUAACGAGAACACUAAACGUAACUCCACGAAUGAGAACAUUAUUUCUGCUUGAUAAGUGAAUUUAAUAAAUGAAUGUCUCACUUGUGUAUUAUAUACUAUGACAAUUUAAUAAAAUAGAAUAAAGAAAAAUAACAUGUCCUGUUGUAUUACCGGUAUUAUUUGUAGAUGUAGAAUCAUUAAUAACAAUAUUACUCGCUUAAUAGACGCAUUUUUAUCAAUUGUUAUUGUAUCUUUCAUAGAGCGAGCUCUCUCUAACUCGACGAUAUCUUAAUAAUACAAAUUUAAAUGACAAUUUAAUAAAAUAGAAUAAAGAAAAAUAACAUGUCCUGUUGUAUUACCGGUAUUAUUUGUAGAUUUAGAAUCAUUAAUAACAAUAUUACUCGCCUAAUAGACGCAUUUUUAUCAAUUGUUAUUGUAUCUUUCAUAGAGCGAGCUCUCUCUAACUCGACGAUAUCUUAAUAAUACAAAUUUAAAUGAAAGUAGAUUAUCUUAGAGCAUAUAACGUUAAGAAUUGUUGUUACGUCGCGUGGGACAGUCCGUGCGCCAACCUUCAUGGUCUGACCGUCAAAGGCCCACGCACAGUAAUUCAGACCCUCAAUAAACCUAAGGAACCACCAUAAACAGAAUCUUAUUAACUGAAUUUUCAGUCCUGUAAGUAUUUUCUGCUUAUGGCUGGUCCUUAGAACAGUCCUUAGGUUUAUUAUUCGUUCUUAAAAAUCACGGAGAAAGCGGGUAGUUACCUAACGGGAAAAACGAAUAUUGUCUAACGGAAAAGCUGGUUUUUCUCAUGAACAAGAUCACUCACGAUCCACGUUGGUAGGAGGCUUCCUCCCCCUAUCUUCAUUCAUUACGUGGGUCAUAACCAAUGGGCAUCGUUCGUUCAAAAGGCACACGCAUACCGAGCUUCCCUCCGUAAUAACAUAAGAGCGAAUAGUCAGUUAAAACCAGCUCGAGUUAAAGCACAGUUCGAAGAACAGAAGGAGUCAGAAGUCAGUCAGCAGAAUCGCCAAGUCGAAGACAGUCAAUCGAUAGAAGAUACAUCAUCACAGUUACCAACACGAAACGAGUCUCGGGUCUCAUUCAUUCGUAGUUUAGCAUUCCAUAUACGCAACAUUGUAUCACUUUGAAGUUGUUGGAUCUUGUAUGUAUGGAUGUAUUAACCUGUUAAUGUCGGCGUUAUAUUCAUUCAACCGCCAUUAUUAUCUUAACCGAAGUAAGGGAUGAAAUGAUUCGUGGCGUCGAUUAUUCAAAUCGUAACGGGAAUUUACUCCUGUUGGCGCGCUUCUUCGAGAUGCGUCUCCCCAUGAACGGUCGAAAGUUCAAAUAUAAAACUUUAUACUCUUAACCUUAGAGUAAAAAACCCUUUAAAAAAAUUUUAUAUUCUUUAAUUCAUAAUUAUCAUGAUAUUUUAGUAAGAGAUACUGUAUACAUAUAUGUACAUUAGAGAAAAAUUUCGUUUUAAUUGUUUGAAUUAUGCGUCUGUCAAUGUCUGUUCACGCGACUGCAAAAGUCGUAUUGAUGAUUCAGAAUAUUGCACAAUAGUGUUAAUUAGCGUCGUGCUCAAGCCGUAACAGUUAAAUAUUUAUGUUGUUCAAGGAUAUUACUGUCUAAUCUAGUUCGAAAAUUUCAUAGGCCGCCUUUUUGGGCAACUCUUAUCCAUCAUGAAAUACUUUACCGGAAGUAACACGCGCCACAGGAAGGAUCCCGUGAAGUUCUAUAUAUGUGCAUGAGAAUUUGUAUCUUUACCAAAGGUAUCAUGUAGAUGUAGAUUAUGUAGCUAUAUGUAUGAAAAAACCCUACAUGUGAAAAUAAAUAUUCUUUGUGAGGAUA